AUGGACAUGGGAAACAUCCUGCUGGGCGAGUUGGACUCAAGUGAGAACUACAGAUUUCCCAAUAUCAAGCUAACGGGCUUGAACAGAGUCAACGUACACCCCAAUUCAAACUACAACAACGCCGGCCCCCGUCAGAACGUCUACAAGAUCGGGAGUGUAGUCCCUCCCGGUGGCCUGUUCUCCCGUCUACGUCCAGACUCUGCAGGUCAUGCGCGCCCUCUUCACCAACCAGCCGAUCACGUCGCAACAGCGCGGCCUCUUCAAGGGGAUCGACACGGACGGCGUACGGCGCGACAUCGUGACCCUCGGCGCCGACUGGAUGCCGGCGACUUCCUGAACCCGGACGCGGAGCUUGGCCAUCUGGCCAUGGAGUGCAUGGCGCUCAACAACUACCAGCGCCCGUCGGUGGAGUGGGUGUACAGCUACGGGUGGUGCAUGGUCGCGACGCGGACGAGUGAAAUUUUCUACUCGGGGUAUACGCGUGCUUUUCAUGAGACGAGAGACGCGAUGAGGGUUCUUGUGUAG